AUGGAGUGGAAAAGCGUGAAGGUGCCGCCGGCUUCCAUCGGACCCAAAGCCUGGCGGGACAGGGCCAUCAAGGCGGUGGGGUUGGCUGAGGCGGCCAUCGAAAUCACAGCCCACCGUUACCACGACACCCCCUUCCGCUCGGCCAUGCUGUAUGAAAACCAGGCUCGCCGCCUGGCCCGGAGGAAAGGCUGCAAGUACCUCCCGGGGGACCUAUCGGAGAACCCGGAGCCGCUGGGCAAGUUCAAGGCCCGGCAGCAGAGGAUCCAGCAGGGGAGGAUCGCCCUGGAGGAGGCCAAGAGGAACGUGUGCACCGUGACAGCCGAUGAGGACCUGAGCCGUGACAUCCUCUACAAAGUGCCGGAGGGCCAGGACUCCGGCUGGGGCUUCAAGGUGGAGAUGGAGCUGCUGCCGUUCCUGCGCGACCUGUGCGCCAUGCAGAGCAACGAGCAGAUCGGCAGCUACACCCUGCAGACCCGCUCGGUCAUCGGCCACCUCUGCGACCAGAUCAACCGGGUGAACGGUGAGAUCUUCCGGCUCAAGGAGACCCGGGACAAGCUGCGGCUGGCCCUGGCCGACGUCCGCAAGGGGCUGGCCCUGAAUCGCAUGACUGGCGAGAUGCGGAGGAUGAGGCCUGCCUUGGAACAGGAACCUGAUGGGGCAGAUUUGCUCAUUGGCCUGGAGAAGAAGAAUCUACAGGAUAUCAAACCGACUCUGGAAGUGCCACUGCACACGAUAAAAGACAUACUUCAGAAAAUGGAUGCUGCUCGGAAGGAAUUGCAGGAAUGCUACAGAGAGCGAAUGCUGGUUCUUGACUUGGUCCCUCAGUUGAUGAGCCAGACCACCAAGGAAGCCAGAACUGAUUGUCUGACCCCGAGAAUAACCAAAGCUUUAUCGGAAGUCAGGGACGUGAAUGUGAUGCCCUCACCGACACCAGCCGGCCCAUACACUUACGCCUGCGAUAUGGCGAUGAAUAAUGCAAAAGGUGUCAUUGUUGAGUCCAGGGCCCUGCGGGAGAAGAGCGACAAGUUAAUAGAAGACUCGAUUGCAGUCAUAAAAGGUGCUCAGAAAUCAGUAAACGACGGGCUCACUCAGAAAAUGGCAGAGAGCAUGGCCAUGACGCAACACAUGGAGGUCAGUGCCGGGGAGACCAGAGCCGCCGUUAAUCGAACGCAGCGCUGGUAUGAUGAGAUGGAAUUGGCCAGUGGCAUAAUUCUGGGCCCAGAGUCCAGUAAACACCUAAUGACACGUGAACGACUCGACAGACCACUGGUGAAGGUUUACCAGCGUCACCCAGCUACUCAACUUCCUGAGGCAGCAACUAUUGUCAAGGGUAUCGGAGUACUAAAUGACGCAAUGGCGGAAACCAGUCACAACAUUGAAAUGCUGCAGGUAGCAAGAAAGCGACUGAAUAAGAACAUUCAGGACAAAAAAACUGGGUACCACGUAGAUGCGGGGAUAGUUCGAUUUCGCAGGCUGAAAGCGCCGGCUAGGAUACUUAUUGAUGAGUCAAAGCCACUGAGCGGCAACUAAAUGGAGGACUUGGGGUAU